UUGGCACUGUUUCAACAGAGUGAUGGGCCACGAUUGAAGCCACUGGCCAUUGCUUCUGGCGGCGGCGGGGCGCCAUCCCUGAUAACUGAAGACAACAUUAAAAACAUUCACGGCAAAGGGAUCCACUUGGGUGACAUGGCAGCUGUGGACGACUUUUUUGAAUCUCUCGCUGGCCAUGGUGGAGGCUGGUCAGGCCACAAGAGAAACGCCAACAGUGCCGGCUCGCUUUUGGAAGGUGCCCAGGGAGGGAAGCCAUGUGGCCAAGUUGCAGCAUUUGCCGAGCAGUUCAGCAUCCCCCUCUCUGAAGGCGGCUUUGGAGGGGGAGGUGGCGGCUGUUUUGGCGGCGGCGGCGGAGGAGGAUACUAUGGCGGCGACGGAGGAGAGGACGUGUCGAGUAACGGAGAAGGCGGCUGGAGUUUUGCCUCGGGCACCGACGUGGCCAUUCAGGAGGGGGCCAACGAGGGGCCAGGGGAAGUGGUUAUUUUGCCGGCCAUGUCUGGGAAACGGUGUGGGUGCGAGUACCAGUGUCUGCCGCUGAGUGCGGACAUGGUCAGCAUCCGGUGUUUGUGUCCCUCGCACUUGUUUCUCGGGCCAGACGGAUUCUCCUGCAUAGCUGAUGUUACAGUUGGCCAAGCAGUGGAUCUCUCCGUCAUUAUCCCCCUGGCGGUGAUUGCAGUCAUUAUGUUCGGUGUCUUCAUUGCGCUGUCCUUCAGCAUUUGUACGUCACUCGAAUAUUUUCCCGUCAUAAUCCGCGUUGUUCAUGUUCAUGUUUGUCUUUUUCUUUUCACUUUGUUGCGCCCUAUUAUCAUCGCAGGUAAUCAGUAUCAAAAGAGACGCCACAGGAUUAUGGGACUCACGAAUCGACCCUUGUCCUCAAUGGCGCUCAAUCGAAUGGGGGCGCAGUUUGGAGAUGGAACGGGGGCGACGUUGUUGGGCGCCCCGACUGCUCUGCCAGGCGGCGCCGUCAUGGACUCCAACAUGGUGACCGAGUACAAUCCGAAUUACGAGUUUGGCGGCAUUUGCUCGCUGCAGGAUCUCAAGACUGUUCCGAGGGACAGACUCUCGUUGGUCAAGGGUUUGGGACAAGGAGCGUUUGGUGAAGUUUACCAAGGUUAUUUGAGGAAUGACGAGAAUGCUGAGAUGGCAGUUGCUGUUAAGGACCCAGACGUGAUUAACACGGCCUUGCCCAUAUGCACAGGCGUUAUGGCCCUGGAAAUGGACACGACCAUCAUCAGGCCGCCGCCGAGCACGGAUGGGUCCCUGCCCUGCCUGUCCCUGGCCCGCGGCAUCGGCAGGGCCCAUUCCCUGUCGUCGUCGGGGGCGCAGAGUUCGCAUCGCAGUGGCGGAUCUGGGUCGUCUAUGACGAUCGGCACGAGGAGUAUGCGACAAGCAAACAGGUCCGAGUACAUGGUGCCGAGGAAUGCGUCUUCUGGGGCACUGGCGUCGAGAGCGGAACAAGAACGAGCCGUGUUCGGAGACGGAGAAAUGAGCAGGCAGCAGUCGGUGCCCUACAACAUGCACGAAACGGCGUCGACGGAGCGACUAUUGGCCGAGGCG